GGAGCGCGCCCCUUAUACUGACGCGUAUACCUAAAGUACGUAGUUAGUCGCGCGCUUGUAGGGGCUGUAGGACAUCAAGCCGGGAAGCUCUCUUAUUUUUCGCGUCUUUGUGGUAUUCAUCUUUGCUGGCCUGUUCAACGGAAACGUUCUUCGCGCACGGUGUGUUAUACGCAGCCGCCGACCUACUACACCACCAUGAACUUCCUACCCCUACUGAUGGCUAUGUACGGAAUGAAUCAUCCGGAACGACACGACGUCGGGGUGACGGCCCGUAGAAGCCUGCAUGGGGCAUCGCCGCACGACCACGAUCUGCGAUCGAACUCGGUGCUGGAGGACCCGGGGUACAUGUACGGCGAGCUGACCAAGGAAGACUUCGGCGACAUUGCGCUCUCGGUGAAGCGUGCCGAGCACCUGGCGUCGUUACACUUUGUUAUCUUCGAAGUGGCGAAGCCGCUCUCCUUUCCGGAGCUGCCCGGACAAUUCGACAUGUCCGGAAACCUCAGACACUUCGUGCCCCAGAGCCCCAACAAGGUGAAGCCCCAGUUCCUGCUGCAUACAAACAAGGCCUCGCAUCCCGGCAAGCUCCUCUUCGAGACGGGCUUGGAUAAGGCGGGGUUCGAGAAGAUGGCGUCACUCAUUGAUCCCGGCCAGAAGUUGUACAUCAUCGUGCACGGCUUCCUGAGUAGCGCCAAGACGGCAUGGAUGCAGGACAUGAAAAAACAGAUUCUGGACAAGGAGAACGCGUCCGUGGUUCUCGUGGACUGGAGCAAUGGCUGCGGCUCGAUUCUGGGCUAUAGCACGGCGGCGGCCAACACGCGCACCGUGGCCCGGUCGCUGGCGAUGAUGGUCAAGACGCUGGAGGACGCCGGCGCGGUGAAGCCGGAGCAUGUCCACUACAUCGGCCACAGCCUGGGCGCCCAGACGGGAGGCUUCUUCGGCAAGGACGUCAAGGAGCUUACGGGAAAAGUCGUGGGACGCAUCACCGGCCUGGACCCCGCGGGACCGCUAUUCGAGUCUUACGGCAGUCCAUCUGACAAAAGACGACGCCGCCUUUGUGGAUGUGCUGCACACGAGCAUCGGCAGCGGGUGGACGGACAUAGUCCAAGGCCGACUGGGAAUGAGCACCAGUUGCGGACACGUGGACUUCUACCCGAACGGUGGCAGGGAGCAACCGGGUUGCUGGAGAUUCACCUCCUGCUCGCACUCGAAGUCGACCGAGUUCUACGCCGAGUCGGUGCGCAAGUGUGAUUUCCCGACCCGCUCGUGCAAGAGCUACGACGACUUCGAGGCCGGAAAGUGCGUGCCCAGCUGCGAAGACGGCCGCACUUGCGGGCACAUGGGCCACCCGGCCAGAUUGCCGCAGGCCGGCGACCACU